AUGUUGGAACUUCGUCUAGUCCAAGGUUCACUUCUCAAGAAGAUUCUGGAAUCGAUCAAGGAGUUGGUGAACGAUGCAAACUUCGACUGUUCUUCUACUGGUUUCUCCCUUCAAGCCAUGGAUUCUAGCCAUGUCGCUUUGGUGUCGCUUCUUCUAAAAUCCGAGGGUUUUGAGUAUUAUCGAUGUGACCGUAACCUCUCCAUGGGAAUGAAUCUCAACAACAUGGCUAAGAUAUUGAAGUUCGCUGGGAAUGAUGAUAUCAUUACCAUCAAGGCUGAUGAUGGCAGUGACAUCGACACCGUGACCUUCAUGUUUGAAAGCCCUAGACAAGAUAAGAUUUCUGACUUCACGAUGAAGCUGAUGGACAUUGAUAGCGAACACCUAGGAAUUCCGGAGGCUGAAUAUCAUGCCAUUGUUAGAAUGCCAUCUGCUGAGUUUGCUAGGGUUUGCAAAGAUCUAAGCACCAUUGGUGAUUCUGUUGUGAUUACGGUUUCUAAAGAGGGUGUCAAGUUUUCCACUAAAGGAGAUAUAGGAAGUGCAAAUAUUGUUUGUAGGGGGAAUACUGGUGUGGACAAGGCUGAAGAAGCUAUAGUGAUAGAGAUGAAUGAGCCUGUUGCGUUGCGGUUUGGUCUGAGAUACAUGAACUCUUUUACAAAGGCAACCCCUCUAUCAAGCUCGGUUACCAUCAGUCUGUCAAAUGAGAUGCCAGUUGUUGUUGAGUACAAGAUUGCUGAGAUGGGUUAUGUGAGGUUCUAUUUGGCCCCCAAAAUAGAAGAGGAUGAAGAAGAAACAAAACCCUAA